UCAAUUUUCAAAUUCCAGUUAUGGUGCAACCAAAGAUGCUAUCUGUGCAUUUGAGGCUCAACUAGACCCCACGAAGGCGGACUGGAGUGGAAGGCUCAGCUUGGCGAGGAGGCAAGGGGUCAGUACUAUGCUAUGUAUUUUGCGACUAAUGCUAUUUAGUCCCACUGGGUUGCAAUCGUAGUCUAAGUGACGCUAAUGCGACAUUAAAUAAUAAGUGAAAUUAAAUGACUCAUUUAAUUUUAUAUUUUAUUUAGCCUAUUAUCUAGCACUAUUUAAAUUCGGUGGACUACGUUGCAUUACUUAUUUUUGGUCAAUACUGUAUAGUAUUUACCAAAUAGUUAAGGUAAAAUUAUUAAAUAAAGUGAAAGUUUGACCAAUUCGGGGUCACGCGUUAACAGGAAAUAGACCCAUGACUGAUAAAUAUAUUGACCAAGGCCACUUUAGAAAAAAAAUUACAGUUGGUUGGGACAUCUACCUUAUAUUAGAUUAAUUAUAAUUUAACCACAUACUAAACCUCUCUCUAAAUAAGUAAUUAUAGAAUUCCAUUAAAGAAGAUUCCUAUCUUUGUCAAAAAAUAAAUAAAUUUCUAUGACAAUCCCAACACAAUAUCUAUAUAGUCUGGAAUUGUGUUUAACGUAAGUAUCUAGCGUUCCUCUUUCCCUUUUCACUUAAUUCUCAAUAAUUCAUUUCAUUCUCAUCACCAACCAAUUAUACAAUAGUGGUGCAUUCCUCGACACCAUGCAGAAUUAAGAGGAUUUUCGAUAAAUAAUGGUCAAAGAAUGUCGAAGGUUUCAUACCAAGGAGUCAUACCGGAGAUUCAUGUGUUGUUAGUCGAACAUGAUUAUGAGGGUCGAAUUUCUACAGAAAAAAUGCUAGAGUUGUGUUCAUAUAAAGUAACAUCUGUUGAAGUUGCUUCCAUGGGUUUAUCAUUGCUUUCAAGUGGAAAUUCACAUUUCGAUCUUAUAAUGGCAAAUAUCGAUUCUCCUGAUUUUCACGGGUUUAAUCUUCUACAGCUGGGCGUUUUUAUGAACUUACCAGUAAUUCUGAUGUCUGAUGAGGAUGAUGCCUUGAUUGCAAUGAGGGCUCUGCAAAAUGGAGCUUUCCUCUGUAUAACAAAACCGGUAAAAAUAGAAAUGCUGACGUCCCUGUGGCAGCAUGUACUGACAGUGAAGAAGGAAAAAGAAAGAUUCAAUGCCGUUGAAGUUAACAACACGAACAAGGAUGAAGAAUAUGAUUUGUUGAAUCGUAACAAAAGGAUUAAGAGGAAGACAUGCGUACAGUGGACUAGAGAACUUCAUGAAAAAUUUAUGGAUGCUGUAGCACAGCUUGGUGAAGGAGGAUGUUUCCCUAAGGAGAUCCAAGAGCUGAUGAAGGUCCCUGGUCUAACGAGAAUGCAAAUAGCCAGCCAUCUCCAGAAAUGUCGGAAUCACAAUUGGUUAGGUCCCCAAGUGCGAAAAUCUCAUCUGGCUCGUACUUCAUCCCAAGAAAAACCAAGAAAAUUUGGGUCUUUACCUCAGUUAGGCAACACUUCUUUGUCCCAUUUCAAGAACCAGGAGAGCCAUGAAAAUGAAUCUAUGCCAAAUGAUGGUGGACAUGGAAAUCGACCUAUUGCACAAACGCUUCCUCACCGUCAGCCGCAUUAUGAACCAUUCUUGUCCAGUUCAAAUAAUGCCACACAUGCGACAAAUCCUUCAUCAAACCAUCGGCAUCAAUCCAAUGAUUUCUAUGAUUUUCCAGAUAUCGAUGGUCUCAUUUGUGACAAGAAUCAGGGAUAAAUCGAA